AUGCAUGUGAGCAGAAGAAAGGUCCUCCAGCGAAGUUGUUGUGGUAUCUACGUGAUUCCAAGAUUCAAACGUUUGUUUGCAAAUGCAAAGGAUGCGAAGAAUUUGCAAUGGCAUGCUAGUGGGAGAAAAGAAGAUGGAAAGUUGAGACAUCCUGCCGAUUCUCCUCAGUGGAAGAACAUUAAUAAGAAGUUUCCUGAUUUCGGUGCUGAAAAUCGAAAUCUUAGGCUUGGACUAUGCACGGAUGGAAUGAACCCUCAUGGUAACAUGAGCAGUCGCCAUAGCACUUGGCCAGUUCUCUUAACAGUUUACAAUCUUCCUCCGUGGUUGUGUAUGAAGCGCAAGUACAUCAUGUUAUCAUUGCUAAUAUUUGGUCCUAAACAACCAGGAAACGACAUAGAUGUGUACUUGGCACCGCUUAUUGAAGAUUUAAAGAUGUUGUGGAAUGUAGGUGUGAUAGUAUUUGAUGCUCAUAGUCAAACCAACUUCACUUUACGAGCCAUGCUGUUCUGCACAAUCAAUGACUUCCCAGCAUAUGGUAACUUGUCAGGGUAUACUACUAAAGGGGCUAAGGCAUGCCCUGUUUGUGAAGAUGAAACAGUUGAUCUUUGGUUGAACAACAGUAGGAAAAAUGUGUUCAUGAGUCAUCGAACCUUUUUACCUAUUGACCAUCCUUAUCGAAAGAGGAAAAAAGCUUUCAAUGGAAAAUCUGAGACUGGAGUUGCUCGCUUACCAUUAUCAGGGGAUGUUGUUUAUGAUCGAGUGAAAAACAUUGAUAAUGUGUGGGGAAAAACUUCAAAAACAAGUCAAAAGGGUAUUUGGAAAAAGAGGUCUAUAUUGUGGGAUUUACCAUAUUGGGAGCACUUAUCUGUUCGACAUUGUCUUGAUGUAAUGCAUGUGGAGAAAAAUAUUUGUGAUAGCAUUAUCGGGACAUUGUUGAAUAUUCAAGGUAAGACGAAAGAUGGUAUUAAAGCUAGAAAAGAUAUGGUAGACUUGGGGAUAAGGACUCAAUUAGCAGCACAAGAAUCUGGAAAGAGGGCAUACUUACCUCCAGCUUGUUAUACUCUGUCUAAAAAGGAAAAAACAAGUUUUUGUAGCUGUCUAAAUGGUGUCAAGGUUCCUUCUGGCUAUUCAUCUAACAUUAAAAAGCUUGUUUCAAUGAAGGACCUUAAAUUGGUUGGUAUGAAAUCACAUGAUUGCCAUGUGCUAAUGCAACAUAUGUUACCUAUUGCUAUUAGAGGCAUAUUACCUAACCAUGUUAGACAAGCAAUUACAAAGCUUUGCUACUUUUUCAAUGUCAUUAGUAGUAAAGUUGUUGAUCCUGAGGUGUUGGAUUCUUUGCAAGCUGAUGUGGUAGUAACUUUAUGCCAGUUUGAAAUGUAUUUCCCUCCAUCAUUUUUUGAUGUUAUGGUGCAUUUAACAGUUCACUUGGUGUGGGAAAUUAAAAUGUGUGGUCCUGUAUUCUUGAGGUAUAUGUAUCCAUUUGAGAGAUACAUGGGAAUUUUGAAAGGAUAUGUGAGAAAUCGAUAUCGGCCAGAGGGGAGUAUAAUUGAAGCUUAUGGUGCUGAAGAAGUGAUUGAGUUCUGUACUGAUUAUUUGGCUAAUGUUCAGUCCAUUGGUGUUUCUAAAUCACGUCAUGAGGGAAGACUCACAGGAAAAGGUACCAUUGGGUUUAAAACACAUGUCCCAAGUCAAAUAAUCAGAAAUCAAGCACAUCAUCUCGUACUGCAGCAGCUUUCUGAGGUUCAUCCAUAUUUGGAACAACACUUGUCUAUUAUAAGGCAACAAAAUCCUUCUAAAGGUGAAAUGUGGGUGACAAAAGAACACAAUUCUACAUUUAUCACAUGGUUCAAAGAUACAGUGAUGCAAGAGUUAUCUCAAGUGCCAAAUAAUAUCACUGAAACCAUUAGAUGGUUAUCGUUUGGCCCUAGAUUUGUUGUGAGCACUUAUGAGGGAUAUGAUAUUAAUGGGUAUACGUUUUACACAAAAUGUCAAGAUAAAAAAAGUGUAGUGCAAAAUAGUGGAGUGACAUUAGUAGCACAAUCAACAGAGUAUUCUAGUGCUAAAGAUACUAACCCGGUAGAUGCUACUAUGUCAUACUAUGGAGUCAUUGAUGAAAUCUGGGAACUUGAUUAUAAGGUGUUUAGGAUUCCUCUAUUCCGAUGUUCUUGGGUUGAUAAUAGGCGGGGUGUCCGUGUAGAUGAUUUGGGUUUUACCUUAGUUGAUUUUGGUCGGCUUGGAUAUCAUGAUGAACCGUUUAUACUUGCAUCUCAAGCUAAACAAGUCUUCUAUGUUUCUGAUCCUAUUGAUAGUAAGUGGUCAAUUGUCUUACAAGGCAAAAGAAGUAUUGUUGGUGUUGGUGAUGUUGUUGAUGAAGAGGAAUAUGACCAAUUUGAUGAAACCCCACCAUUUUCUAUUGGUAUUCAACAUGUGACUUUAUGUGAAGAUAACAUUGAUACUAAUUACAUGCGUACUGAUCAUGAAGAAGGGUUGUGGAUUGACCACCCGACAGUAUAA